AUGAGGGUUUCAUUUAUUAAUAAAUUAAAAUUAAAUAUAUCUCUAUUACUUGAAUUGGGUCUUCUGGCAGAUCAUCUUGUAUUUAUAAUAUUCUCAGUAUUUGAGCACGUAAAUAAGAGGCAAGGCGUCUAAAACCAAUUAACUUCCAAAGUUCUAUCCAAAUUUGAUUGAUUAAACCUUUGCAAUAAAAAAUAUAUAUUUUACAAGUAAGUUUAAGUUUUUAUAUAAUUUAUAAGUAUUAUUAAUCUAUGGGCAAAUUCACAAAAGACAAAAGAGUAUAAAGAAAUUCAUCAUAUUCUAAAUAAGUAUUUUAUAAUAUACCUACGACCUAUAUAUUUAUCACUAUAACAGCACUUUUCACCAUAUUUAGGAUAUUUAUUAUAGGAAAGCAAAGGAAGAUUAAUUUAGAGCCAGAUCUGCCUAUAAGCUAUUACAGAUAGAUGAUUCCUUUUAAAUAUUUAGAUAAGUGGAGAGAGCUAUUGAUCUAUGUGCUGCACCAGGUAGUUGGUCAUAAGUUUUGGUUAAAAAGUUGACCGAAAAGAAUUACCUUCCAUCAGAGAGUUGUAGAAUAGUAUCAGUGGAUUUGUAAGAGAUGGCUCCAUUGGAUCAUGUUACCUAAAUUCAAGGAGAUAUAACGAAAAAAACAACUGUGGAUGAGAUAUUGAAAAAAUUCAAUUAUUAAAGAGCAGAUAUUAUUGUUUGUGAUGGGGCACCUGAUGUCACAGGGUUUCAUGACAUUGAUUACUACAUUUAAUCAUAAUUGAUAGUCGCUGCUUUAAACAUCUGUUUGAUGACAUUAAGAGACAAUGGAAUUUUUGUAGCUAAAAUAUUUAAAGGGUCAGAUAUCAAAUUGCUGUAUUCGUAGUUUAAGUUGUUCUUCAAUUAAGUGUAUUUUAUGAAACCCAAAUCAAGCAGAGCUUCAAGUGUUGAGUACUUUAUCAUGUAAUAUGUUGUUAAUAAAUUUAGAUGUCUUUAAUACACUCCAAAAGUAUAAACUCAGAAUUUCCACCUCUAUACAUUUUUAAAAGAGAUUGAAGAAGCAGAAAAAUAGAAAUAGGAAGAAAUUAUCGAUAAAGAAACAGAAAAAGAAUAGUCCAAAUAUUACAAAUUUAUUACGUGUGGGGAUUUAUCUGGAUUUGAUGAAAAUUGA